AUGGCUCCUCAGACAGCAGCGGCGGCAGCCGCGCCCAACGGCGACAACCUCGACUAUGAGCCCAUCAACGUAAUUAUCCCAAUCGGCGGCAUUGGCUCUCGCUUCGCCAAGCAGGGCUACCGCUACCCUAAGCCUCUCAUCAACAUCGUCGGCCGUCCCAUGCUGCUAUGGCUGAUCGACAACCUCAGCCUCAAGCCCGGCGACACCUUGUGGAUGGCCGUCAACGAGGAGAUUGACGACGAGUUCAGAAUCGGCCAGCUUGUCAGCAAGACCUUCUCCAAGAUCGACUUCAGGCUGCUGCGCCUGCGACACCAGACCAAGGGUGCCAGCGAGACGCUGUACAUCGUCACCCAGAGCAUGACCAAGAAGCACCUCGAGCGCAAGACUGUCUCCCUCGACUGCGACACCAUCUACUGGGCCGACGUCCUCCAGGACAUUCGCAACAUGCCCAAGGGCCAUGGCGGCUGCUUCUACUUCCCCGACGUCGGCGACAAGCCCAUUUUCUCAUACAUCAAGACGGAGGCCACAAAGGACGGUUUGGAGCGCAUUGUAGACAUUCAAGAAAAGAAGGCCAUUUCCAACAAGGCCAACACGGGCGCAUACGUUUUCCCUACGGCAGGUCAGCUCAAGUCAUGGGCCUCGGAGAACCUCGACAUGAAGAGGCCCGACGGCUCAGAGGUGGGCGAGUACUACACCUCGCAGAUGAUUGCCCUCAUGAUCCAGAACGGUGUUCCCUACCUGGGCAUGCCCGUCAAGACGAAGGAUUUCAGCGUCGUUGGCACUCCCGAGCAGCUUCAGGACCUCCUGAAGCUUCUCAAGUCCGACACCUCGAACCUGCCGAUCAAGCUGAAGAAGCGCCGCUUCUGCUUCGACCUCGACAUGACUCUUGUCGGUGUGCCCGCCAUCCCUGGCGACUACUCAACGUGCCCGCCCAUCGAGAAGAACAUUCGUCUCGUGCAGCAGCUGUACAACGCGGGCCACUACAUUAUCAUUCAAACCGCUCGUCGCAUGCGAACACACAAGGGCAACAUUGGUUCCGUGCUCGCAGACGUCGGCCCUGUCACUUUUGCCCAAUUGGCCAAGUACGAGAUCCCGUACCACGACAUCCACUUCGGCAAGCCCUACGCCGAUGUCUACGUCGACGACUUGGCGGUCAAUGCCAACCUGGAUACCAUGCGGGAAAUCGGCUGGCUGCUGGACGAGCAGGACCCUGCCGCACUAAUCGGCGAGGAGGCCAGCGCAGGCGAGGAGGCGAAGAAGGCCGGCAUGAUUGCGGCGCGUGACUUCAACACGAUCCAGAUCAUCGGCGACAAGGUCAUCAAGUCAAGCAAAUCGGAGAACAUUCUCGGCGAGCUGUUCUUCUACUCACACAUGCCCUCCGAGAUCUCCCACAUUUUCCCCACCGUCUACAAUGUCGACUACAUUGCUGACACCUCCAUCUACAACAUCACAAUGGAGAACCGCCGCGGUCUGACCUUUUCUCACCUGCUGGUCGGCCGCUCCAUUACUAAGGGCCGCCUAAUCUCCCUCCUAAAGUCCCUCCACACGAUCCACACCACCGCCAGCACCGAUAAGGCCACUCUCAAGAUCCCCUCGGCGCUGGAGAAGAAGUUUGAGGAGCACUCCCUGGCGCGCGCGAACCACCGUGUUAACAUUUACGCAAACUACGGCUCCAAGCUGCGCAGCCGCUACUACAAGGACCAGGACAAGUACGACGCCCUUGGUCCCUUGGCCGGCUCCCUCUUUGCUCGCAUCAACGAGUUCCUCGACACAUACGAGGCUGAGGAGAAGGGAGUGCACGCCCAGGUUAUCCACGGCGACCCCGUUUUCAGCAACGCCAUCCUUUCCAAGGACGAGAAGCUCGUCAGCUUCAUCGACGUGCGCUGCCAGCUCGAGAACACCCUGACGCCCGAGGGCGACAUUCACUACGACCUCGGCAAGGUCCUCCAGUCUCUCUGCGGCUACGACCACAUCCUCUUCAUGAGCGCAAACAACCAUGACCUCCGUGGUGCCCUGGAGACUGAUGCGCCCCUACUCGAUGAGGCCGACCAGGACCUCCUCAACGAGCUGCAGGAGGUCUUCUUCACCUUCCUUGAGGAGACGUACUCUGUCCGCCUCCACCGCAAGACUCUCUUCCGCAUCACUGCUUCGCUCUUCUUCAGCCUCAUCCCCCUGCACCGCCCCGAGCUCGGCGCCGUCUUCCUGCGCAUGUGCAAGGAGACGCUCGACAAGGCGAGCAACAUCAACUACGGCCCCAACGCGCGCUCCAUUGCGGGUUUGACGCUCAGCCGCCGCGCGAGUUCCAACUUUGCGGAUGAGAGCGGACGCGAGAUGCCCGUCGCCAACACUAACACCAAGGGCGAGAGCCUCGAUAUCCCCAACGUGGUCGUCAGCUCAAAAUAG